GGAUCCCUUUUCUUUCGUUUAAACAUAAUAUGCUCGAGUAUAUCCAAACUAAAGAAGAGCGUGAAGCCUUUAUUGACAAGUAUGACAACUUUUUGUUCGACUGUGACGGUGUAUUGUGGGAAGGUACUAAUAUGUUUACUGGUGUACCUGAAGCCAUGAAUCUUCUUCGGGAAAAGGGUAAGCGAGUAUUCUUUGUCACUAACAAUAGUACAAAGUCUCGUUCUUCCUUCUUGAAAAAGUUUGAAGGUUUUGGCAUCAAGGCCGAGCUUAGUGAGGUAUUUAGUUCUGCUUUUGCUACUGCUGCGUAUCUCAAGCAUGUCUUGAAUUUCCCCGAAGACAAGAAAGUAUAUAUUGUGGGUAUGGAUGGUAUUAAGCAUGAGUUGGAGGCUGAAGGUAUUCGUAGCUGUGGUGGAGAAGAAGAUUCUGGAAUCACAGAUAACGACCCUGUCCCCGAUGAUAAAGAGGUGGGUGCUGUUGUCAUUGGACUGGAUACAAAGGUCAACUAUAAAAAGUAUUCCAAGGCCUUUGCUUAUCUGACUAGAAAUCCCGGCUGUUAUUUCAUUGUGACCAAUGAAGACACAACUUUCCCUCAACAUGGAGAUUUUUACCCUGGUGCAGGUGCUAUUGCUGCUCCCAUUAUUGCUGCUCUUGGUAGACGUCCUGAUGCUGUCUUGGGUAAGCCUGCACAAAACAUGUUGGAGGCUAUUCGUGCCGAAUCCCAUAUUGAUUUGAAAAAGACUUGUAUGAUUGGUGAUAGAUUAGACACUGAUAUUGAGUUUGGUAUUAAUGGUGGUGUAGAUACCUUGUGUGUAUUAACGGGUAUUACCACCAAAGAAGUCUUACUCUCUCCCGAGAAUAAGGUUAAGUCUACUUAUUACAUUGAUGCCUUUGGUGAUUUAGCCAAAUAAAUUAUAAUUUUUUUAAUAUGAAGUAAAAAUUCUUUUUUUUUUCCCUACUUUUUAUUCUGUACAAAACAAUGUUGAAAGUGGAGCGGUUUGACUUGAAGUAUACUAAUUGCUAUUGCGAAGAAAAUAUUUAUCUCUUAUGUAAAGAGAUCGAAGAAAAGCAACCCGACAUGUUGCAUAGCACCAAUGUCAUUUACAUUAGCAACGACAUAAAGAUGGUUAGACUCCCCCCCCCCUUAAACAGACACGCACACUGCUUAAUAAAAAGAUGAUAGGUACCUUUAUGGAAACAAAAGGCGGGUGUGGAUGAACAGCCAGUGGUUUGGGUAAGAGAAACGUGGUCUACAGAGGA